AUGUAUGAUCGAUGCCAACAAUAUUUCAUCUCCUUUGGGAAUGGAAGUUUUGCAAGCCGCCACACAGACAGCGCCGUGCUUGAUAUCGAGCCUGCUCCGGCGGUAGCCGCCGUUCAGUUAGCUGAUGCUGUCGUCGAGCCGCCAGUCCCCGCCGUUGUCCCUGACGAUAUUGCCGCUGGGGAUGUUGUCCCCAAUGCUGCCAAUGUUUUUCCACCACCAGCUCCCGUCGGGGCCGACGACAAUGUGCUUCCAGAUGGCUUUGCUCCUGGUGGAGCUCCUCCUCCUCUGAUCGCAGAUCCUGAUAUGGACACUUGGGCGGUGGAUUUCAUUGCGAGUCAACCGACGCUGGUUGUGAAAAAUGUCGACGAAGUGGCUCGGUUGAAGAUGAUUGCGGAUAUGUAUCCAGGUGUGAAUCUCCCCACUUUCAAUAUAUGCCAUGGUGUACUGAACCUGAGGUACGAGGAGAUCUGCUUUGCACUUCACGCUUGUGGUUUUUCCAAGUCGGAAACGCUCAUCAUCACUCCGACCGGGUCGCCCUGA